AUGGUUAUCGAUUACCAAGUAGGCGUAUUUGUGCCUUUCAUUGAGGUGUCCAGUGGAAAUUUGGUAUUCCAUGGAUCUCAUAACAAAGAUGUCGUUUUAGAAACAACUGGCUUGGGUCGUGUUAUGUUGAACAAUAUGGAUCUUACAAUAAUGAUGAAUUCUAUGGAUACCUCUAUUAAAGGAAUGGAUCAGGUGAAAGCUGACAUAUCUACCGUUCAGAACGCUGUACAACGCUUUGAAUUAUCUUUGUACGGCAAAUCUGGCAUUUUGAAGAGGAUGGAAAUUGUUGAAGCCAGCAACACAACGAACGGCAGGAACUACACGAUCCUUUUCACCGUUUUCAGGAGAAGGCUUGUUGGUCUUCAACGAAAAUUGCGUGUUCUAAACAACUUGUUAAUAGUCAACGAAUGCUCUAGCAAUCCUUGCCUGAAUGGUGGAACAUGCGUAGAUAUGUUUAAUUCCUACAUGUGCAGAUGCGUAGAUCAGUGGGAGGGACCUAACUGCGAUGUAGAUGUUAACGAAUGUAAGUGGUUUGCUGGUACAGACUUGGGCUGCCAAAACGGCGCUACUUGCGUCAAUACAAAAGGAUCUUAUGAGUGUAAUUGUGCUGAUGGAUGGUUCGGUUUGCAUUGUACGAAACGAUCCCAGGAUUGUAGCUCUAACAGCGAAAUAUGUGGUCAUGGUACAUGCGUUUCUCAAUCUACAGGAAUUGGAUUCAAGUGUAUUUGUGAUCAAGGCUGGAAAACUGAUGGUACGAAACCUGCUUGUACCGUGGAUGUGAACGAGUGUGAGAAUUACCAACCCCCAUGCUCAAUCAAUCCUCCGGUGAAAUGCGUUAAUUUACCAGGAACAUUUUACUGUGGUCACUGUCCCAACGGUUAUACCGGAAAUGGUUUUUAUUGCACUGAUAUAGAUGAAUGCGCUUUGUUCAACGGAGGCUGUAGUUUAAAUCCUAUGGUACAAUGUAUUAACACACUUGGCUCCAAAAACUGUGGUCCAUGUCCUCCUGGAUACAUUGGUAAUGGUAUGACCUGCUCAUACCAAGGCGGUGUUUGCGGUGUAAAUAACGGAGGCUGUAGUCCAUUAGCACAAUGCCGAGAUAAUUCAAGAAUCAGCUCAACUUAUGUUGAAUGUAUUUGCCCAAAAAGCUAUUCAGGAAACGGAUUCGGCCCGGAUGGUUGUACCAAAAAUCCUGCAGGACCUUGCGCUUCCAACCCUUGUCAGCACGGUUCCUGUAGUACAGGACCAGAUGGAGGAUACGUAUGCUUGUGCAAUAGGCAAUACACUGGUAACAAUUGCUCAAUAAGGAAGAAUCCAUGCGAUUCUAGUCCUUGCAAGAAUGGCGGUGAAUGCGUUUCCUUAACAGUAGCUCACAUCUGUAUCUGCAAGCCACCAUACGGUGGCAAAAACUGUGAUAAUGAAUUACAAGAGUGCGGCCGCAAAAUUGGCGUUAGUGGUUUUAUAGAAUACCCAAUGACCAAUGCAACUAGAACGAACAGCUUUAGUUGUGCUUGGGUCAUCGAAACUCAAUCCUCAAUGGUGUUAAACAUAACAUUCAGCAAAUUUCAAAUGUCCCAAUGCGCUUCGAACUGGUUACAGAUCAAUGACGGCUCAAAUUCUGCAUCUCAUCUGAUUGGAAGAUAUUGCGAUGAAUCUCCAAAUACAUUUGUAACAACAAGCAAUACAGUCUACAUUUGGUUUAGACAUAUUCGAGGAGCUAGGCCUAAAUUCAAAUUAGGCUGGAACUCAAUAUUACCAGUUUGCGGAGAUAGCAUAACCGUUACAAGCCAUGGUUCGUUCAAAUCGCCAGGAGCUCCUGGUGUUUACCCUCCAAAUCGUGAUUGCUAUUGGAGUUUCACGGCGCCUUUUGGGAAGCGUAUACAAUUCCACUUCUUCUCAUUACUUAUAGGAUAUAAUAAAGAUUGUAGCAAUGAUUACUUAGAAUUUAGAGAAGGAUUGAAACCUAGUGAUCCAUUACUAGUGCAGUAUUGCAAUACCUCACAUCCAGAACCUUUGAUAUCACCAGGACAUGAAGUCGUCGCGCAUUUCCAUUCAGACGAAAAGGGAUCAUUCCCUGGUUUUCAAAUUAGCUAUUCCAUAGUAGAUGGUAUUUCCGGAUGCGGAGGCAUAUACACAACACCUGAAGGAAUUAUUAAUUCACCUGCCACAAACGGAAAAUAUCCUGUUAAUAGUUUUUGCGAGUAUAAGAUCAAGUUGGUUGGUUCAGCUAAGAUCUUGCUCAACUUCAACGAAUUUUCAUUAGAGCAAUCAGUCAAUUGCGAUUUCGACUCGCUUACUAUUUAUAGUGGCUCAAGCAUUGAUGCACCAUUGGUUGGUAAAUAUUGUGGAAAAACAAAGCCUGCGCCUUUGAUGACUUACGGAUCAGAAGUAAUGCUUGUUUUCAAAUCGGAUUGGAGUCAUCAGGAAACUGGAUUUUCUAUUAAAUAUGAAACAGUUUGCGGUGGACAAUAUAUUGAUCCAAACGGAACAAUAUAUUCUGAGAAUUUUGGAACUAACGUUACCUCUGAUAAAAGUAGAGAGUGCAUCUACAAUAUUAUGCGUCCGAGUGGAAAUUAUAUAAGAUUGGACUUUUUGAAUAUCAAUUUUGCUGGUGCUAACAAGGAUUGCACUACUGGAUAUAUAGAGGUCAGAGACGGAGACAAUGAAAACUCCACUUUGAUUGGAAGAUUUUGUGAAAGUAUCCCUAGUACUAAAUAUUCAACAUAUAAUUAUGUCUGGAUUAAGUACGUUGCAUCUGCUGGGAUUCUGAAUGAAUUCUAUAUAAAUUACACAUCUAUAUCCAAUAAUGGCUGUGGCGGUAUUUUCAAAAACAAGGUUGGGUCCAUUGAAUCCCCUGAUGAUUUGGAUAGUUACACUGAUGGACUCACUUGUUCUUGGCUCUUAGUAGCUCCAGAAGACUAUGUAAUCCAAUUAACUUGGGUUAAAUUCAAUUUGGAACAAAGUUAUAAUUGCAUUUAUGAUAAAGUAACUAUAAUGGAUCAAGGUACCGAGCCGGUUAGCACUAUUGGAACUUAUUGUGGAAACAAGUUACCACCAACUCUUAUAAGUUCCUCAAAUUUGGUGAAAAUCAAGUUUGAAAUUGACAACAGCAAAAAUUUGGAAGGAUUUUUAUUUACGUACACAUUUAUUCAUGAACGGAAUAUGUGCGGCGGUCAAUAUUUCACAAGUUCAGGUGUUAUUAAGAGUCCAUAUUAUCCCGAACACUAUCCAAGUAAUCGAGAUUGUACUUGGAUAGUUACAGUUCCCGCUGGUCAACAAGUAAUGUUGAAUGUUACUUUCUUUGAAAUUGAGCAGUUCCCAAAUUGUCGAUAUGAUUAUUUGGAAAUUCGAAAUGGUGGAACUGCGGCUGCUCCACUGAUAGGAACUUAUUGUGGAACGAAUAUACCGAAGAUUAUUCCAUCACACGCCAACCAAAUGUACAUGCGAUUCAAAUCAGAUACGACUAAAAAAGGACCAGGUUUCUUGAUAGCUUGGAGCUCGACUUCUACUGGUUGCGGAGGUUCCUUGACAUCGCCUAUGGGCACAAUCAUUUCACCUCAAUACCCAGAACCUUACCAUAAAAACACAGAAUGCUUUUGGAAAAUAUCAAUUAGCGCUGGAUCUGUUGUGCAAAUUGUUUUCGCUGAUUUAGAUUUAGAACCACAUGUAACUUGCGUUUUGGAUUAUGUUGAAAUAUUUGAUGGUAUUGGAACAAAUGCUAAGAGCUUAGGAAAGUAUUGUACAAGUCAUAUCAAGAUGCCUGCUUACAUAAGAUCAACUUCAAAUCACAUGACUAUUAAGUUCAGAUCUGACCUUAGUUUCCAAGGGAGAGGUUUUCAAAUUAAAUACACCACAAUUUGUUCACACGUUAUAACAGGAUUUAAUGGAGUUAUUGAAAGCCCUGGGUACCCAAACACCUACGAGUCUAAGCAGCAUUGUACUUGGGAAAUCGGAGUUCCUGACGGUAACAAAAUCAACAUGACCUUUUCCCAAUUCGAGUUAGGUCCUUCACUUUGGAACGACAAGAAUUGCAGCAAAAACGAUUUCCUUGAAAUUAAAUACCAAGAUGAAGAAACUCUGACCAGCUAUGGCUCAUAUUGUGGCAACAACACACCUUCUGAUAUAGCGAUAUCAUCCAAUAAGUCGCUAGUGAUCUUGAACGUGGAUCAUGCCAUGUACAAUUCCAGAUUCAGAUUAGAAUGGCAUAUCGAUGGCUGUGGUGGACUACUUACUCACCCUACAGGUGUAAUUACAACUCCAAAUUACCCCAACGGAUAUGUCUAUGACACGAGAUGCGAUUGGUUGAUACAAGUUGAUUAUGGAUACAGUGUACAAUUUACUAUAAAGGAUAUAGACCUAGAAAGAUCGGACAAAUGCGAAUAUGAUUAUAUAACAUUCUACAAUGGUGUUGAUGACAAUUAUCCUGCGAUCACGAAAAUUUGCUACAUUGGUCACAAUCCUCUGACUAUAACUAGUACAGGAAACAGCAUGUUUGUCAGAUUCCAAAGUGAUAGCUCAUAUAAUGGAAAAGGAUUCUCAGCUGAGUAUUCAACAAUUGCAUCCAAAUGCGGAGGAAAGUUAACUGCUUCACAUGGAAAUUUACAUUCCCCCAAUUAUCCAUUAAAUUAUGAUAAAAAUGAUAGUUGUACAUGGUUAAUUGAGAUCGAGGAGAAUCAUGUUAUAGAAUUGGAAUUCAAAGAUUUUGAUUUAGUCAAUUUAUGCGACCGCAAUUAUCUGAAGAUUUAUGAUGGACCAACUCCAGCUUACCCUCUGCUUGCUAAACUUUGCGCCAAUAAGAAACCAAAUGGUACUCUUACUUCUAGAACAAACCAUUUAUAUAUUGAAAUGAUCACAAAUCCAUAUUUGACCAGUAAAGGAUUUUUAGCGUCAUAUAAAACGGCUUGCGGCGCUGAGAUUACAACACAAGGUGGUGGGCUAAUACAGUUCGCAAAAAACAACCAGUUUUUUAUGGACCUUACAGAAUAUGAACAUUGCAAUUGGACAAUAAGAGCUACAAAUCCAAGUGAUCAUAUUUAUAUAACAAUAGUCCAUAUGGAAUCGGAUCAAUGCUAUUUGUAUGACGGUCUCAGCAUCUACGAUGGUGAAAAUAACAAUUCAACACUCAUAGGUCACUAUUGUGGUAACCAAAUACCUCCAAGGAUUAAAAGUUCCGGUUCUACUCUGCAUCUGGAAAUUGAUAACAUGGAUCAGGCCUUCACCGCUAGAUAUUCAGUUUUAGAUACGCACUGCGGAGGAACAUUGGAAUCACAAACGGGCUUAUUUGGUAGUCCAAAUUAUCCUGACAAUUACCCGGUGGAUAUACAAUGCGAAUGGAUACUAAAAACGUCUCCUGGAAAUCGUAUUAUGGUAGCCUUCACGGAAUUUGCUUUGGCACCUUCGGACAACUGCAAUGAAGACUAUGUGGAGAUUCGUGAAAUUGAUGGAAAAGGAAAAUUGUUAGGACUAUUUUGUGGAAACAAUAUACCAACAAAUAUAACAGCAUCUGAAAAUAUUUGGAUUUACUUUAAAAGCGAUAAACCUCUAUCAGGGGAGGCGCAGACAACAGCUAAAGGAUUCUUAGCCCAAUAUACUUUAGUGCACGGCAACACUUUAGAAGGACCAAAUGGCACAGUAACGUCUCCGAUGUAUCCCAGGCUGUACUUUCAAAACGGUGAAUUCAGUUGGAAGAUCACUGUCAAACCCGGUUACCAAAUAGCUCUUACAUUCACAGACUUCAACCUCGAGUAUUUUGAUAAUGACGGAUGUUAUGUAACUUUCCUAACGAUUUAUGAUGGUAGUGACAGCAACUCUCCAGAAAUUGGAACUUACUGCGGAUUCACAGCUCCCGAGGAUAUAAAGAGCACAAAGAAUGUGAUUUUCAUUAAUAUAAACUUUGAUAUCAUUCGCAAGGGAUCUAGAUUUUCAUUGAACUGGCAGGAAAUACGAGAGACGGAAUCUAAAUUACCAACAGUCAAAAAGAUCAACACCGAUGGUUGUGGUUCCGAUGAUCCCAUUGCUUUAUCAGAUAAUGAAAGAUUCAAUAUUACAUCUCCGGAUUAUCCUAACAUGUACAGCCAUCCUUUGACGUGCACAUGGCUGUUUUCCACCACUCCUGAUAAACAUCUAGCAAUACGGUUGAACACACUAGAUUUGCAUACGUCUGGCAACUGCGAAUAUGGAGACUCCAUAAGUAUAUUCACUGGAGGCAUAGGAUUGUUAACCUAUCGGUUAGUGGAAAAACUUUGCCAUCAAAAUGAAACAGGCCAGCUCAUAUCAACCUCGAAAUUAAUGAAGGUGGUAUUUAAAGCGAAGACAUUCACAAAUCAACAAAGGUAUACAGGAUUCUCCGGAUAUGUUGCAGCUGUUUGCGGCGGUAGCGUCAAAAGCCCGACAGGAAUUAUUAAAGUUGAUAAUGUUACAGAGUUUGUUGUGGAUUCCAUUGUUGAAUGUGUUUGGCAUGUUGAAGCCCGACCAGGAAAAACUAUACGCAUAGAAUUUUCCGAUUUCCAUCUAGGCGAAGACUCAACAUCAUGUAAAAAUUAUAUAUUGUUCAAGAACGGCCAAUAUUCAAGUUCUCCAAAUUUAGGAAAUGGUAAAUAUUGCGGUAACGAAAAGCCUCCAAUUCUAGAAACAACUGGAAAUUACCUCUAUAUAAAAUACUUCUCUUUAUCCACACUUACAAACUUUAAAUUACGCUAUUCUGAAAGGUCGAUUAAUUGUGGAGGAAAAAUAAUAUUAUCUUCAUUGGAUAACAGUACUGUGAUUUCAUCUCCCAAUUACCCAAAUAUACCAUCGCCUCAUAUAGAGUGUAUCUGGACUAUAGUUGCUCCGCCUGGUGAAUCAAUCAGAAUAGACUUCUUAAGAAGAUUUGAUUUUCGAUCUAACAAAGGAUGUACUCUAGAAUCCGUUGAAAUUAGAAAUGGAGGUACACACUUGUCACCGUUAAUUGGAAUAUUCUGUGACGAACUUCCAAGCACCCAUGUCAGUUUGGAGAAUAUGAUGUAUAUUAAGUUUACUACGGACAUCGAUGAACCAAGUAAUGGAUUUCAAGCACAGGUAUCUGUGGCAGGUUGCGGUGGAAUAAUAAGAGGCUCCUCUGGUGAAAUCAAAUCACCUGGAUAUAACAACAGGAAAAUGUAUAUGUACAAGGCGGACUGCAAGUGGGAAUUCAUCGGACCCAAUGAUCAUUACCUGGACUUAAAGUUUGAGACUAUCGACCUUCCCUUUUCAUUGACUACAGAUUGCAAUAAAGUGGAUCACGUCACUAUAACAGAAUAUAACAAAAUUAAUAGGACAGAGGAAGUAAUUGGAAACUACUGCGGUAGAACACCUCCAACAGGCAUUAGGUCUAAGAGCAACCUAGUGUAUAUUUAUUUCAAAAGCGAUGGCGUAAAGAAGAUGUACAAUGGUUUCAAACUAAGCUUCAAUUGCAGCCAAAGUAAAUGCGGUGGUGAAUUUAACAGUGAGAGUGGUGUUCUUAUAUCACCUGGUUAUCCAUAUAUGAAUCACAAUAACAGGAAUUGUGAAUGGACCAUUCGUGUGCCGAAAGGACGCCGGGUCCGUGUCGACAUUGAAGAUGUUGAUUUUGAUAAAACUGUUGCCUUCUUCACGCAAGGAGUGGCAUUCUUUAACGGUAUUGGUUUCAGUUCACCUUUACAAUACAUCAAAGCUAAAGAUGUAGUACCAAAUGUUAUAAGAUCGAGUGAUAAUACUAUGAAAGUUUUCUUCUGGUCCGGGCAACCUUCUAACCAUCGAGGAUUUAAAGCAAGGUUCUCUUCAGAUGAGCCUACAAUUUGUCUGGGAGAUUUAAAUCAAGAUAGCGGAGUAAUUCGAACACCGAAUAUCAGUGUACACACGUGUACAUGGGAUAGAGAACCGAAAGUAAACAAGCCACAUGAAACUAUAGCCUUGUCCAUAGACACUUUUUCUGUAAAUUCUACAGCUUGCACUUAUGGUUUAAAUACUAUCACUGUUAUUUUGGGCCAUGACAAACUGAAUCCAAUCGAAAUUUGCAGAACACCUAGCCAUUCGUUAAUUAUUAGAUCCCCGCUUCCAAAAUUGAAAAUACAUACUCGCCGACCGCCUUUAGAAAUAUUAAAUUAUACGAUUAGCUAUCAGACUUAUCCAUGCGGAGGGGAAUUCACUCAUGGCUUUGGAACUGUGCAAUCACCAAAUUUCCCUAAUAAAUCAAUCAACAAGAGUGAAUGCGCCUGGAUCUUAAGCGGUUCCAAAGAUCAAUCGCUUACAAUUAAUUUCCAGACGUUUGAUCUGGACCCAGACUGUGACAAGAAUUAUUUGAUUAUUUACAAUGGGCCUAACGCUAAAUCUCCAAGAAUUGGUAAAUUUUGUAGUACCAAGAACCCAGGUUCAAUACGUUCUCAAGGCAACACUUUAUUACUUGAAUAUCAUAUCGAGAAGAACUCAAAAGGUACCGGUUUUAACGCCAGUUACGAACCAAUUGUCAAAGGUUGCGGUGGAAUUCUUCAAACAUCAACGAUUAUCACAUCACCACAAUAUCCAAAAGAUUAUCCGAACAAUGCAGAAUGUUUAUGGGAGCUCAGGUCUAAACCAGGAUAUCACAUUAAUCUUGAAUUCUUCGACCGUUUCCAAAUCGAAACUAGCGAUAAUUGUGAUAAAGAUUAUGUCAAGAUCUAUAAUAAAAUGGAACAGAUUAACAAUACAGAUAUUGCAAAGUACUGUGGUCGUAAUAUACCGCCUUCUUUCAAUGCAUUUGGAAAUACAUUAUUUGUAUUAUUCAGAUCUAAUGCAGCUACCACCGGAACUGGAUUUAAGGCCAAGUGGAAUUUGAAAUGCGGAGGAACUUUUGAAGCAGAUAAUAAAAUCAGAUAUAUAACAAGUCCAGGAUAUCCGGAAGGUUAUGGAAAUGAAUUGAAUUGUCAGUAUACCAUCAAAGCAACCGGAAAGUAUAUAGAAGUUGAAUUCGAAGAUUUCGAUAUUGAAAAACCUGGAGGAUUCGGUUGCAUUUUUGAUAACGUGACAAUCUUGUCAAAUCGUGACACAAAAAGAGCGAAUAACAAACUCACUUUUUGCGGUACAAAUAAACCAACAAAAAUAAAACUCCUAGAUUCUGUAACUAUUACAUUUAUCACUGAUAAAUGGCUAACUAAACGAGGUUUCAAAUUAUCUUAUAUGGUUGACUCAUGCGGUGGAAAUAUUACUGAGCCAACUAUAAUUCAGAAGGUUUCCGAGAAAGGAUCUAAUUUAUGGAUGAUACAAGGUGUAACAUUGUGCACUUGGACAGUUACGGCUCCACUAAAACAACGAGUUUCCCUAAAGUUUUUGACGAUUGAUUUGAUGCACUCGAUAAAUUGCGGUAUCCAGUACAUUAUGGUAUAUGAUAGCAAAUGGAAUAAGUUGGCUAAAUUGUGCGGGCACUUAGAUGGCGAAUUGCCUGUCAUUCAUUCGAAUGAUAAUAAGAUGAUUAUCAAGUAUAGCUACACCAGUUUUCUAUCCAGAACUACUAAUUUCAGCGCUGCCAUUUACUUUACGCAUGGCCCUGAUAAUGGUUGUGGCGGUAGCAUAGUUUUGAACAAUUCAUCUACAACUAUCAACACACCAACCCAUUUAGAUGAUUUCGACUGUAUUUGGAAGUUUGCCGCUACGAGAGAUUACACAAUCAAAAUAGAGCUUCUUGAAAUGCAUGCCACUCCUUGUGCUGUAUCAACCAAAGAAAUCGAAGCAAACAACAACAAUUGCUCGUGCAUCUUAUAUGAACUUCGAGAUGGUUACACUUCUACUUCAGAACAUAUUGAUACUGUUUGCAAUGGUGAAAUCUCAACGACUAGUACCUAUUACACCUCUACCGCAAGCGCCUGGAUGCGCAUUGCUUCUCAUCAGAAGGCAACUAAAGCUUCAAAGAUUCGAUUCACCGCAAUUCCAUCAAUUUGCGGCAAUAUGCAUUUGACUGCAAGAUCAACGCCUCAGUACGUAACCACUCCAAAUUAUCCAAACGAGUAUCCAAAGAAUAUACGCUGUGUAUGGCGCAUAUCGUCGGCUUUCUAUACUCAAAGGAUUCAAAUGCGUUUCGUCGAAUUCGACUUAAAUAAUAAAAUGAACGCAGUUGAUUUUAUAUCAAAUACUUGUGACACGUUGGAUAGGUUAGAAGUAGUGGAUAGCACUAACAAAGCUUUCCAUUUGGAUUACGAUAUGAUCUUUACCAAGAAGCCUUCUCUAUUUUUAUUAUCAAGCUACAACGUUAUGUUGGGGUCAAAUAAAUUCUGCAGCACGAACGAUACUAAUUAUGAGUAUUUAUCUCAGACCAAUAAAAUACAAUUGAACUUUUACAGUAAUAAUAUGAUAAAAAACGGGAAAGGAUUUAAAUUGGAAUAUGCUAUUGCCGAUUGUAACCGUAAUUACACCACGCUACAAGGGAGGUUGAACAAAAACUGGUAUGUUGGAAACUGUUCGAUAUACAUCACCGUUCCUGAGAACUAUACAAUAUCUCUUUACUUCACACUCUUCUCCACGUUCUUCUCUGACUGCUCUAUGAAUGGAUUACAAAUAUACGAUGGGGAUGAAACAAAAACCAAGCUCUUGGACGUUUGCAUGACGGCUGUUCCUAGCCCAGUUUUCUCUAACGGAAACCAGCUUUAUCUUAAAAUGUAUGGUACUGCCAAAUACGGCGUAAACACCUUUGACAUCACUUAUACUUCGUCAAAUGAAGGAAGGGGAUGCGGUGGCAAUUUGUACAAUUUCAAGGGUUCAUUCAGUAGUCCGAUGUACCCGAACGUGUACAAUCAUAAUGGGGAAUGCACUUGGAAUGUCAAAGUACCCUUAGGCCUUCAAGUGGCUAUGAAAUUCUCCACUUUUGAUAUUGGUGGUACAUGCGAUUCAAAUUACGUAAUCGUGACAACUUACGUGGGAAAACUGGCCAACGAGAGGAAGUUCUGCAAAGGGGACAACAUUGGCACAAUUAUAUCAACCGGAAUUAUAAAUGUGUAUUACAAAACUACUACCGGUUUGACUGGAACCGGAUGGUUUGCCAAGUUUUUGGCUAUCACUUCUGAUAUUACGGAAAAGUCAUUUGAAUCAUCGAGCAGCAGCCAAAAUGCUGGUGUUAGGAUACGGUAUUAAAUGUUUACUGCUAUAUUUUCUAAUAUACAAUUUAUGUUUAUCAUUUUAUCCUAC